UGGAGAGAAGGCAGGUACGGGAUACUGAGUUGGGAUGAUCAGCCAUGAUCAUAUUGAAUGGCGGUGCAGGCUCGAAGGGCGGAAUGGCCUACUCCUGCACCUAAUUUCUAUGUUUCUAUGUAGGGAGAGGGAGGGAGUGAGCUCCGAGCUAUUACCGCUGCUGUGGUGAAAUGCAGGAAAUCCCCGGCCUGUGGCAGUCUGCGGGCGGUGGAGAACGUGGGAGUUUCCGAAGGCACCGCUCCAGCCGCUGAAUGUCUGAAAGGCUCUGUUGGGGCCAAGGAUUUUACGUUGGAAUUCGUGAAUUUACGUUGGGAUUGGUGAAUUUACAAUGCUCCCCAAGUGAGAUGUGACAAGAAUGUAACAAGGUCCGCCGGCUUGUUACGAGAGCUGGCAGGAAAAGUACGCGGGAACUUCCAGGAACUCAGAGAAGAGGCGGGGAUUGCAGGAAAGGUAAUUGAUCACUCCACACCCAGGGAAGUUCGAUUCAUGGUCGGGCAAGUGAGUGGUCAUGAAUAACCAAGAGGUGGUAGCACUUCUACAGGAGUGCAAGCAGGCCCUCAAUGCACCCCCACCGGAACCGUCAGAAGAAGAGAAGACAAAGUACUGGCAGUGUGAAGCUUCACUCUCUGCUGAUCUGAGGACCCUGCUGAAACAGGCAAAGGAAAUGAAGUGGCCCUUUGUACCAGAGCGAUGGCAAUACAAACAAGAAGUAUGCGCAGAAGACAAAACAAACCUGAAAGAUAUCAUCAGCGAGAGGCUGCCCGAUCUGUUGGUGUUUUUGAAAACCGCUCUCUCGGUCGGUGACUACGCUUCAGCAGCUGCCACAGUCUUCGUGAUUGACAGGUUUCUAUACUGGGUCGAUGCAUCCAGCAAACUGCUGCAGGUCGCCAAGGCCUUGCACAGACGCUGCAUGGCAAUACCAAUCGCGCCACAGGUGGUUAUUCGCCAAGCCCGAGUCUCUGCAAAUUCAGGUAAACUUCUGAAAGCUGAAUAUAUCCUGAGCAGCCUGAUCAAUAAUUGUGGGGGAACAGGCACCUGGGUCUACGAGAACAAGACCGAUUGCACACUGGUACAGGCUGUCAGCAUUCAGAUAAGGGGACAAAUACUACAAAAACUUGGAUUGUGGUAUGAAGCUGCGGAAUUGAUCUGGGCCUCCAUUGUGGGGUUUUAUGAGCUUCCUCGCCCAGAUAAAAAGGGAAUUUCUACAUCACUGGGCAUUUUGGCGGACCUGCUAGUUUCAAUGAGUGAUGAGGAGUACAAACGCUUUAAGAAGGACCCGCAGAUGGACUUGAUUCUGGUUGAGGAGUGCAAUGACCGACUCCUGGCAGCUGCUGAAGCAAGCAAGCUGGCUGCUGUGCUCAGUCAGUACAAUCCACUCUAUGUGCUGACAAACCUGAACAUUUAUGGAACAUGCCUCCUUUCUUAUAAUUUCAAGGGGAGAGGUGUAAAGGAUGAAAGCCAGCUCCACCUUAAACAGGCAAAAGAGGCUUUUGAAAUAGGGCUCCUUACAAAGAGAGAUGGAGACGUUAUAACAAGCAAGCAUGAACUGCAUGGGUUUGUUAAAGCAGCAUUCUCACUUACAACUGUGCUCAGGUGGCUCACUGGUAACAGCGAAAUCCUUACCAGGAUGAGACGACUGUGCAAAGAAGCAAUGGGGAAAUUGUUCCUGUACAGUACGCGGAACCAGGAAAGUCUGGCGCAGGAGAUCAUGGAGCUGAUCUGCCAAGUCAAAGUUUCUUUGCAAAUAACCAAUCUCUGCAAUUCCGAUAGCAAGUCCUAUGUCCCAGACCACUAUAAACAUUACUGGGAUAAGCCAAUAGUGACGGGAAGGAUGGCCUUUGAUAAAAUUCUAGAAAGGCACGAGCAGUAUCACAAAACUAUAUGCAUGGUAUUUGAAAGCAGUUGUAGAAGACAUCAGAAUAGCAGCAGGCUCCCAAAAUACAGCUGUAUAACUGCGUUCAAGACUGAAACAAUGGAACUCGAUACUGCUGAUGCCAAGGCAAGCAUCCCUCAUCUUUGUGAUCGUGAUAUCACUCGGCAUUCUCUACCCAAAGAAGCAAAAGCGACACAAAGCAAUGAAGAGUUACAGAAUAGGAACCCUGAAUUAACAAGCUCAGGCAAAUCAGAGAACCAAUAUCCAGGCCUUUGGAAAGACGGCAAGGUGCCCCAUGCCAGCUCGGAGAACGCCCAGCCACAUGCUGUAACAGGCAUUGAUAACAAACUGGGUGCUGUAACUUCGGAGGGGAAGGACGACAGCAUUAAUGGAUGCGGAGACCACCUGAAUGACAGCCACGGCUCGAGCUCCUCCUUCAAAUCCUGGCUGAAAACAUCCGGAUCCGGACUUUCCAGCAGCUGGGAGGAAGUGAGAGCUUGCAGUGGCAGUGGUUCCCCCAGGAGCGGAGGUAGACACCUUCUGCUCUCUCUGGACACAGAAUGCUCCACGUUUUUAACCGAUGAAGUGGAAGAGAAUCAGCAGAACGAUUGCAGCGCCAAGAAUGAAGAUUGUAAUUUAAGUAACAAAACUGCACAGUCAGAACGUCAGGUAUCUCCGACGUGCAGACAGUUUGGGGAUUCAAACAUUAAUUGCACUUCAGGCAAUACGGAGAAGAAAAUUCCUCCAUCUUUAUCUUCAGGAGAACACAGGUCUUUCGAGAUGGCCGGCUCUGAUAGAGAAACUGUCGACGACAAUGCAGAGGACCACAAACGUGACAGGCUUGAAAAUGACCAUGAUCAGACUUGUAGGGCUCCUUGCAAAACCUCGACUCAUUCAGAUUCAGCAAACAUUGAGAGUAACUCCUUUGAGAUGAUUGACUCUGAUGCAGAAACGGCGGAUGACAUUCAGGAUGCUGCGAAUGAGUUUCAUCUGGGCACAAAUAAAAAUAGCCUUGCAAAAUACUCGUCUUCCCAGGCACAUUUGAAUACCGCAAAGACCGUCGUAAUUGAUGGUGAGAAUUCAGGGGGCUUUGCAAAGAGAAGCCAGCCUCUAUCAAAGCAAAAUAAAUCCAUGGAAAUGUUAUCAGUUGAUCCUGCAGCAGAGACUGCUGAUGAAACAGAAGAAAAUGAUUAUUUCCUAACCCCACAAGGAGUUUCUGAAAUUCUACAAGCCGAUGGAAGCAAGAAGCAGGAGACACAGGAAACGCAUGGUGCAACCCAAAUGCAGAAUUCCUCUGCUCAAUCAUCUCUAGCCAUUGACGAACCCGCCAAAGGACGCAUCAGGGAGGCACCAACUGCAGGUGAAACUACUGAUGGCAUCCUGAGCAAACAGCUUCUGAACAGUAGCCUCAACUCCAGCUCAUCCUUCAACUCAUGGUGCAAGUCGCUUUAUUCAGGCAGCGGUUCCAACCCUAAUGACAUAAGCUCAUCGAUGAGUUCCAGCAGCAGUUCAUUUGUGUUCCUUUCCAAACAGCGGCAGACCUAUCACAGACGGGUUAUAACUGAUGAAGAUUAUAAACUGUUGUUUGCAGGGGUAACCCAUGAGUGGCUCACAGAGAGAAUCAGGGACACUGGAGUAUUUUACCCUCACAGGCUCAAAGACAUUUACAGUGGUCUAUUAUUUAAGUAUAACAAAAAAACUGACACUUGGACUGCCCAGGAAACGUUGGUGUAUGUUGGAAAGCCUUUGGUUGUGGAUAAACCCGGUGCCCAGCGGACUGCUUUGGAGAUACGCUUUCUGCAUCAGGAAGAAAUACUGGGCCGAUAUGUUGGGAAACAAUACAAAAAUACUAAAGAGCUCUCCUACCAUUUCCAUGAUGUUGAACGGCAAAUGACAGCACAACACUACGUGACGGAGUUCAACAAAAGGCUCUACGAGCAGCAAGUUCCUACACAAAUAUAUUAUAUUCCAUCCUCAGUUCUCUUGCUUUUGGAAGACAACCAAAUUGUGGGGUGUGUAAGCGUAGAGCCCUACAUGCUUGGGAAGUUCAUAAAACUAACCAACAACAAAAGGGAUGUUCGCAAAGAAUAUGAAGCAACAAUAUAUGGACUUGCAUUUGGACAUUUUACCUAUGAGUUUUCAAACCAAGAAGAAAUAGUGGUCGAUUUACAGGGCUGGAUCACUGGAGAUGGCAAAGGCCUUAUUUAUCUCACAGAUCCUCAGAUUCACUCAGUGAAAAAACACCAAUGGGGAUUAAACUUCGCAGACAAAGGCAUCGAAUACUUUCUCAACUGCCAGCACAAGGAAUGCAAUGAGAUUUGCCACAUCCUCAAUCUGAAGAACCCUGUCAGGGAGAAUGUGGAGGAAACACCUUCAGCAUAGUUUUGUCAUCUUGAGAUGAAUGUUGGAAUUUGUCAGAAUCUUGUCUCAUCUUCCUUAAUGGUGCAGAAGAUGAUAUUUGCAUUGCUCCCAACAACCCACAGGCCACUAUUCCUGCAAAUGCAUCAGGAUUACUCUUAAUUGCAGUUGGUGGUGCAUUCCCUGACUCCGGAGUAGGGUUGCCAACUGUCUUGUAUUAGCCGGGACAUCCCGUAUAUUGCGCUAAAUUGGUUUGUCCCAUACAGGACCACCCUUGUCCCGUAUUUGACUGCUACUACUCGGGUCGAGGGGACUGUCAGGUCGGAGCGCCACGUCCGGCCCCGCCUCACCCGUCCCGACAUAGUGCAGCCCUUGGAGUGCAGCAGCAGCGCCUCGCCCGUGGCCCCGUCGGUCGGCAGCCCGGCCAGCUGUCCGACCUUCGGACCUUCGCUUACUGCCGACACCGAUGGCCAAUCAUCGGCUCAUGAGUUGGAUGGGGUGCCGGACUCUGCAUGCGACGUCACGUGCCCCCGGCGGCCGAGCCAAAACUCCUCAGCUGGCCCGCCGGCCGGCUGGGCUUUAUGUGCAGUCCAGCACCCGGGCCAACUCAUCAUUCACCCAGGCACGGCCGAGUCAGUCAGUGAGGUUGGCAACCCUACUCUGGAUGCAGGGUACACCUGGUAAAUAUCUGUGAAGGCAGUGCCACAUUACACAGAAUAACAGCAGCAAGACGUUCAACUUUACAAGCAAGACUUUGAAAAGUUAGUUGUAGAUUGGUUUAUGCAUGACAACCAAUCAUAUAUAGGUUAGCAUCACUAACCCCGCCUUACUGUAUCAUUUAUAUUAACACCCACUUCCUAUGCUACGCAGUUUGGGUAGCAGUCCGGAUGCAGUGACAACUAACAUGCUACUGUGCUGUUCAGUCUGUUUGUGGAUUAAAGAUGAUCUUAUAUUACAUGCUGUGUGUAUGUCAUAUUUACAUUAGUGAAUAUAGAGCACUGAAUAUUUUUCUGAAUACUUUGUUGAAUUUAGGCAAGGGUGAUAUUUUUAUUUGAGGAGUUUCACUUCUCUCUUUUUGAAUACUGAAUAUGAAUACUUUACUUUAUGUCACAUGUGACAAGUUACAGUGAAAUUCUUUGCUAAGAUAUGCAAAUAGUCGUCACAUAAAGAGCCUUUAUUGAUCCUUUUUCUCGUUUCCCCUUCCUCUAUCUCCCUCUUCCUCAUCUUUUCUUUCUCAUCGCUCUUUCUAUCUCUCACUUCAUUUUUUGCUUCCAUCUCUUGCUUCUUUCACUCAUCCUAUAGUUUCUCUUGUCAUGAUCUCUCUGACCCUUUCCUUCCUCUCUCUCUCUCUCUCUUUUUCUCUCUCUCUCACUCUCUAUCUCUCUUUUUUUCGAAUAUCCCGAAGUCGAUCAAUCUCUGUAUCAAAUGCAAUCAGUCACAGAGACUCAAUGUAUUAAAUCCCCACCCAGUGUUGAAACUUCAACUCUUCAAUCCUAUGUGACUUACAGUACCCCUUAUUUUGAAUCUGGUUCUAAACUCUUCAAAUGUUUUUACUUGCUCCAUCCAUUGAACAUUAGUGCUGUAUUAGUGUUUAACUAUGUAAGUAAAACACUCACAUAUCAAAGGUACAGUAAAAUGCUGGAGAAACUCAGCGGGUGCAGCAGCAUCUAUGGAGCGAAGGAAAUAGGCAACGUUUCGGGCAGAAACCCUUCUUCAGACCUUCGUGUACAUUCGAUUUUCCAGCAUCUGCAGUUCCUUCUUAAACACUCACAUAUCAAAGAUUAAUUGCAAUUAUUUCCUUCCACUCAGCAGACCUAUGUAUAAUACGUAAAAAAUAAAUGUACAGUUAUUAAUUGAUUAUAGUUUUUAGUGCAUAUUUCUGUAUCAAGCUGUAUUUUUUUGAACCAUGAGCUUGCAUUGAUGUUAUCAUUUGAAGAUUUGUUUUGUAAAUCACUGCUGAAUUUCCUUAGGGUUACAGCAAUUCUUCAUGAUUUGAAAAUGCAAAUAAAAGAUCAGCU